AUUGGGCAGAAGGAGAAACCUGUGACCGGUUCCUAUUGGCCGAUCUCUUAGUUAGCGAUUCUGAUUGGCUGGACUGAGCAACUGUGUCCUCUGGAGGUGCUCUCCCCGGCCGGGAGCUCUGGCCGCGGAGUGAUGGUGGCACCGGUGGCGAUGGGCCGGGCAGGGACCAUGGAAGUGGCGGCAGAGGUGGCAGGGGAGGGGCAGCUGGCGGUGGAGGAGGCUGUGGUCUUCAGGGGUCUGUAGGUGGAGGCAUGGCUCGGGCCAGCAGCAGGAACAGCAGCGAAAAGGCCUGGGGGUCACUUCAGGCGCCGCAACAGCAGAGUCCGGCAGCAUCUUCUCUUGAGGGAGCAAUUUGGAGACGAGCUGGAACCCAGACUCGCGCCCUGGAUACCAUCCUUUAUCAUCCACAGCAAUCCCAUCUGCUUCGAGAGCUGUGCCCAGGAGUGAAUACCCAGCCCUACCUCUGUGAGACUGGUCAUUGCUGUGGGGAGACUGGCUGCUGCACCUACUACUAUGAACUCUGGUGGUUCUGGCUGCUUUGGACUGUCCUCAUCCUCUUUAGCUGCUGUUGUGCCUUCCGCCACCGAAGGGCUAAACUCAGGCUGCAACAGCAACAGCGGCAGCGUGAAAUCAACUUGUUGGCUUACCAUGGGGCAUGCCACGGGGCUGGCCCUGUUCCAACUGGUUCACUGCUUGACCUUCGCCUCCUCAGCGCCUUCAAACCCCCAGCCUACGAGGAUGUGGUUCACCACCCAGGCACACCGCCACCUCCUUACACUGUGGGCCCAGGCCACCCUUGGACUACUUCCAGUGAAUGCACCCGCUGCUCUUCCGAAUCCAGCUGCUCUGCCCACUUGGAGGGGACAAAUGUAGAAGGUGUUUCCUCCCAGCAGAGUGCUCUCCCUCACCAGGAGGGUGAGCCCAGGGCAGGAUUGAGCCCAGUUCACAUACCCCCUUCCUGCCGCUAUCGUCGCCUGACUGGUGACUCGGGUAUUGAGCUCUGCCCUUGUCCUGACUCCAGUGAAGGUGAGCCACUCAAGGAAUCGAGGGCUAGUGCCUCCCAGCCAGAUCUGGAAGACCAUUCCCCUUGUGCACUGCCCCCAGAUUCUAUGUCCCAAGUUCCUCCCAUGGGGCUGGCUUCUAGUUGUGGGGACAUCCCAUAAGUAGUUUCAAGAGGGAAACUGGGUAUUACUUGGCCACCAGGAUUCAGCCCUGGUUUCAACUGCAAUCCUCCACGUGGGACCGUCCCCACCCUGCUAGAACACUCCUGAAAGGGCUGGAGCCCUGAAGAGGGGCAGUACCGAGGACUGUGCUAUCUUUACUCACUCCCAAAACAUACACAGGAGCCUUUAAUCUCAUUAAAGAGACAUGAACCGGCU